GGUAACAUUGCCAAGAAGGCUCUCUUUACUUAGAGAUCUACCAGGAACCUUUGACGGUAAAAAAACGAAUAUUCGUUUCAUUAUCGUACUUUUAUAAAGUUUUUUUUAUCUUCUAUCGUUUUCAUUGAUUAAUCAUGAGCCAGCAAGAAGCUCAACAACAAGAGAAUGGCCUAACUGCCCAGGAUUAUUAUUUUGAUAGCUAUUCUCACUGGGGAAUUCACGAAGAGAUGCUCAAGGACGAUGUCCGCACUCUCUCGUACCGCGAUGCUAUUAUGCAAAAUCCCCAUUUGUUUCGCGACAAAGUCGUCCUCGAUGUGGGCUGUGGAACAGGCAUCUUAUCCAUGUUUUGUGCUAGAGCUGGUGCAAAACAUGUUUACGGCAUUGAUAUGAGUGAAAUUAUUCAUAAAGCCAGAGAAAUUGUGAACAUCAACAAGCUUAGUGAUCGCAUCACCGUUAUAAAAGGCAAAAUGGAGGAUAUCCAGUUGCCAGUAGAGAAGGUAGACAUCAUUGUCUCCGAGUGGAUGGGUUAUUUUUUACUUUACGAGAGUAUGCUUGAUACUGUUUUGCUGGCUAGAGACCGUUACCUUGCUCCUGGAGGACUCAUGUUUCCUGAUCGUGCCAAGCUCUUGAUUGCCGCUAUCGAAGAUGCAGAGUAUAAAGAAGAAAAAAUUGGAUUUUGGGAUGAUGUUUAUGGAUUCGACUUUUCCCCUAUCAAACGCGAUGUAUGGAAAGAGCCCUUAGUCGACAAUGUUGAUCGAAUUGCUGUAAACACGAAUAGCUGUGAGAUUCUUAGUAUUGAUCUUACCACUGUUAAAAAAGAAGAGCUUUCUUUCUCUUCCCCUUUUGAAAUUACCGCAACUCGUAAUGACUAUGUUCAUGCUUUUUUGGCUUGGUUCGACGUAGAAUUUUCUGCUUGUCACAAGCCUUUAUCUUUCAGUACCGGACCUUUCUCUCGUUACACCCAUUGGAAACAAACUGUUUUCUACACUCACAAAGAUUUAACUGUCAAGAAUGGUGAAUAUAUUCGUGGUACAAUCUCCUGCAAGCCUGCCGAAAGAAAUCACCGUGAAUUAGACAUCGAUAUCUCCUACAAUUUUAUACCUAAAGACGAAGAAAGAGAAGUUGUUUCUGAAGAAUUAUCUUACAGAAUGUGUUGAAAUAGUCAUUGGUAAGAGAAAAAAUAUACGUUUUGGGUUAUUUAGAUUUAUCACUGUAGCUACGAUUAUAACACCUCAUAAACCCUGGACACAAAUUCUAUUAAGUUUUACCCGAAAACAUCGUAAAUAUUCUGACUAUCUUGAAUUCUAUAUAUAUAAGUUUGGCGGAUUGCUGACUCCAAAGAUUGUAAUUCUUCUUUACAGUUCGUAGAUUUAGGAUCAGUUAAAACAGCCUUAUAUUUUUCAAUGGCUUCAAGAACAAAAGGAGCAUCAAAAUUUGGCUUAAAUGCUUGGGCAACACCGGCCUUAAGACUGACAUCGUACCAUAACUUCAACAGGUGUGAGAUUUCUUUCACAAGAUAAAGUAAUCUGUCUUUUCCUUGCCAAGGCUUCUCCCUACGGUCAUAGAGCUGAUUCAAAAUAAUAAACAUCAAUUCAUGAGAUAUACCAGCACUUAAAAAAACAUCGACAACCCAGCCAGUUGAUACAGAUUCACUUUGUUGAUCAAAACUAUAAUUCUCGGCAAGAGCAACAAUCUUCUCUACAGGGAAAACAUUUUCAAACUGAGAAAACCGAAGUGUGAGAUUUUUCAAAGUAGAAGCAACUGAAUCCACUGGAGAAGAUCCAAUGGGUGAAGUUACCGCAUUCUCAUGUGUUGUUUUAAUAAUGAAUUCCCAACAACCAACGAUCUCAGCGAGUCCGUGAUAAUCAGCACUUUGGAAAAUAGACAAACAUAUCUCACCAUAUCCCAAAGGAUCAGCAAAAUUAUUAAACAACUCUUUCUUGUUGUUUUGAAGCUGGUAUUUUUACAUCAUUAAGGAUGGUAAUCAAAAGGUCAUCUUGAAUACUAGCGACUUCCAGCUGUUCACACACACUAAGCAUUACCUUAUUCAUUUUCUGGCGCAAAAGGCUCGGAAUGUGGCAGCUUCCAAAGCCUUUAGCACGGGUUAAAUAUUCAAUUCGUUGUUCAAGAUUUAAAGAAAGAUUGCUUGUCGCCAAAUCAUAAAGAACGAUAGCUGCAUAAUAGUAC